CCCAUUUGCAUCAUAACACACUACCUUAUGCCCCUAUAAAUACUCACACAAUGGGUUGAACAUCAUCACCACAAACACCACAACCAAGCUAUACAAAUUCAAAUUAUUGGCAGGUUCAUCAACACAAAUAGGGAUGUAGUCUUUGAUCAAGGACAUUGAUCACACCAAAUCCACUUGAGCUCUGAAGGUUAGGGUAGUGAGAUCUUACAAGGUUCCUCCUCAUUCUAAGGGAGUGGAGACGAUGGAGAUGGUGUUGCAUGAUGAUCAGGGAGACCAGAUUCACGCAAUAAUAAAGAGACCACAACUGGAUUCUUACAUGUCUAUGAUAGAGAAACAUAAAAUCUAUGCUCUGAGGCAUUUUUUUGGUUCUUGACAAUUACCAAACAGUUAAGACCACAACCCAUCCCUACCUGAUACAGUUUAUCAGCAAAACACGGUUCAGGGAAGAUACUAGGACCGAAUUGCCAAUGUUGGUUUAUGACUUCCAACCUUUUGAAAUGCUUCAUGCUCAAAUAGUCAUUAAUAACAAAAAUCUUAUUGAUGUCAUAUGGAAGGUCAUAAGUAAAAGCAUUGUUCAAACCCACAUCAUAAAUGGUAAAACUGAAAGGCUGGUGGAGCUAACCUUCACAGACCCUAAAGGUAACAGACUUGGAUGUGUCCUAUGGAACAAACACAAAACCCAGUAUAUGGAUUACGUAAAUCAGAAUGUUGGUGUACCUUUUUUUUGUAAUAUUUCAGCUCUGCAUGCCCAAGAGAUACCAAGGUACCCUAUAUGUGUCAUCUUCGUUUGAUGUGUCGAAACUGAUCAUCAAUGGCAACUCAUCCAAGUUUGUUGAAUUCCAAAGCGAGUACAAGGUCAGCGUCUGCAUCUUGGGCCAAACUGAUCAUGCAACUUUUAUUUUAUGGGAUCCGGAAUGUAUUGAAAUUUUGGGGGAAGCAUGUGGAGGCCAAAUGUCUGAGGUCGAAAAGAAAAUAGGGGACCCAACCCGAUUUGCGGAAGAUAUAGAAAGCUUGAUUGACCAAAAGGGACUAUUCAAAACUCAAUUAAAGAAGAGGGCUGAAGAUAAUACCUACAGGGGCACACAGUCAUUUGGUGUGGUGACCUUGAUAUGAGACGCCACAGUUCUAGCAUUGUACGGAAUUGAGAAGGAACAACUCUCAUUGGAUGACACUACUACAGAGACGGUAUUUUUACAAGAGUUUUGGCCUUUGUACAAAAUGGCAAACUAUACUAAACGUUGGACUAUAUAUUCAACUUUUAGAUUGGGUCGACUUUGAACAAUGGUGACAAUUCUAGUGAUGGAGUAUAUGGACCCCGAUCCCCCGGCCUGCCAACUAUUGGACCUGGACAACGAUUCACGUACACCAGCAGACAACAUUUAUAUUACUGUAUAGUUUACAGAUUCAUUGUAUGUACUAGAUUAACUUUUUAUAUUAUUAGUCCAUUUAUGUCACCGAGUCUGUUGGGCCCAUAUUAGAGGCUCAGACCCGAAUUUCCCUAUAUAUACUCCUUAUAGGAGGCUUGUAAACCCUAACUCUCAACUCAUAAUUCAUUCGCAAUACACAUACAUCUCUUUCUCCUUCU